AUGCGGAAAGCCUCACAAAAACAGCCCAGCAAGCUUCUUAUUGGAGUGACGAUUUGGUUCAUCAUCACAUCAUUCGUGCACCGACCGCUACCCAAGGGAUUCACAGAUGGGGUAAAGGAUCGGCUUGUGAUGCAUUUGGUCGAGACAAUCUUGAGGGUUACGUAUUACUGGCCAGCCGAGUACUUGUGCCCAAAUGCCGGAUGUCGUCUGACGUUGACAAGAGCCGUUUUGAGCACACUUUCACAAGCCAUCGAUCCACGGAAUCUUUUUGAUUGGCACCCCACAUUGCAGCUUAGCACCGAAGAUUUUGAUGGGGUUCGGGUGCGUGUCUAUCAACCAAAGGAGAAUAAGACGUCUGAUGGAGCGGUGGUCUUCAUUCAUGGUGGCGGCUUUGUCAUGGGAAGCACAAGCAUUUACGAAGGACUUAUGCGGAAGAUGGCAAUAAUGCUAAACACGCUGGUUGUUUCAAUCGACUAUCGACUGGCUCCUGAAGUCACAUAUCCUGGUGGUCUUCAUGAUGUGGAACGUGCGCUCACCUAUCUCAUCAACAACGCUGCUGUUUUUGGCCUCGACCCAACAAAGAUAGUGCUCAUGGGUGAUUCUGCUGGUGGAAACCUCGCUGCUGCCGUUACACAACGGAUGCGCACAGUGAAUGGCGUUGAUUUGGCUGGACAGGUUCUUCUCUACCCAUUGCUUCAAUUCCACAACUUGCAAACGGAAUCGUAUCGGCACUAUCAUCAAGAGUUGAUGGGAUUUGCACUUGUUGAUCCAUAUUCGUUAGCCUUUUAUUACAUGUGGUAUGCUGGAAUUGAUGUCAAUGAACACCCGGAGUUGGCUUUGUCCGCUGUAUCAAAUGGACACGUUUCACCAAAAGUUCACGAUGCUGUUGCUGGCCUACUAGACUUUACUUCAAUUCCAUCGUCGUUACAACAUGAUAACCUGCCGGCCGUAUUGGAACCAAAGGAAAAUUCUAAGGCUAUAAAGCUUCUUGAGCAGCGGCUUAUGGAUCCAUCAUUUGCACCAUUGAUCGAAAGGAAUCUCACUGGCCUGCCACCUUCUUUUGUGAUGACGUGUCAAUUUGAUAUUUUGCGCGAUGAAGGUGUCCUUUAUGCUGAAAGAAUGCGAGCAGCUGGUGUACCGGUGGAGUGGAAACACUACGAUCAUGGAUUUCAUGCAAUGCUCAACUUUCAUAACGAAUUGCACAUCGCGCAAGAAGCUAUUUCCGACGUCGCUGGCGAGUAUUGUGCGGCGACGAGUCAAUGCCCACCGGGUUUCCAUUGUUGCACGUAUUGUCCAAUGGACGGCGAGUGUGGACCGAAUACGCCUUAUCGUCCCUAUUGUCGUUGGGGUCCUUGCCAGGAAGAUAUCAAUUAUGUCGAAUUCGUCGAAAGAGAGCGAAUCAUUUUGGAUGAUGAUGAUUUUAGAAAU